CCGUAAGCCAAUCAAAUUUCAGGUUGCAUUGUAUCAAGUAUUGUAGCAGAAGUGUCAAGCAGAGCAUAUUGUUGAAUUUUUAGAGUUAAAAAGCAUGCCUACUAAAAGAAGAAUAGCCAAGCCUGGGAAGGGAGCAUCUGAUAUUCCAGAUAGCAGCAGGACCCCCUCAGCCUCUGGCGAUGCUCCUGUGCCUAGACAAACUGUUUCUACAUCACCCCAGAGGGGGACUACCAGUAGAAUGAAGACCGUUCUGGGAUUUGAUUUCUCGGAUGUUAGUUCCUGGAGCUCCCUGGUGAAGCUCAUAAAUUCUCCAAGGGACCCUGCCUCCAUGGGAGUAUGGAGAAUGCUGUUUGGCUUCAUUAUGAUUAUAGACAUCCCUCAGGAACGAGGGAUGGCGUAUGCCGACUAUCGCUGGGGAGAUGCUAAUGAAUGCCGCUUUCCGCUCUUUAAUGGCCUCACACCGCUACCCGUAGAUUGGAUGUAUCUGGUUUACUUGGUUAUGUAUUUAGGUGCAGUUGGUAUAUUUCUGGGAGCUUUUUAUCGCCUCAGCUGCCUUCUCUUCUGUAUCCCAUACUGGUAUAUCUUCUUCUUGGACAAGACAACUUGGAAUAAUCAUUCCUACCUUUAUGGUCUCAUCAGUUUACAACUCAUAUUUAUGGACGGGAACCGCUUCUGGUCUGUGGAUGGAUGGCUGAAUCCCAAGAUUAGAAAUGCCAAUGUUCCUCUGUGGAAUAUUGCUAUCAUUCGCCUCCAGAUCUUUGUUGUGUAUUUCUACGCUGGUCUAAAGAAAUUGGAUGCUGACUGGAUUGGAGGCUACUCCAUGGAAUAUUUGUCAAAGCAUUGGAUAUUUGAACCUUUCAGGUUAUUGCUGACGGAUGAACAGAUUGAUUACUUUAUGGUUCACCUAGGCGGUCUGUUCCUGGAUCUUUCAGCUGGCUUCCUGCUCUUCUUUGAUUCUACUCGUCUGUUUGGAACUUUCUUCUGCUCUUCCUUCCACAUUAUGAACUCUCAAAUCUUCAGCAUAGGAAUGUUUCCCUAUGCCAUGCUUGCAUCCACAACCGUCUUCUUUUCUGCUUCCUGGCCCAGAACAUUCUGCAGCAUACUCCCUAGCUGCCUGAAAAAUAACAUCCCAUCCGUUAGCUUCUCUAAUACCGUCCAGCCAAGUGCAAAAUGCAUCUAUGCUCCCAGCAAAGAAAACAAAAAGAAAUCUGAUGCUUUCAGCAGUAAGAAGGCUAAGAACACCACGGCAACCUGGGGACAUCAUACUGCUGUAAUAGGAUUCAUACUCUAUGUAUCCAUCCAACUCUUCCUGCCUUAUUCACAUUUCAUUACAAAGGGGUACAACAACUGGACCAAUGGUCUGUAUGGCUACUCAUGGGAUAUGAUGAUACAUUCAUGGCAUACUCAACAUGUCAAAGUCAAGUAUAUCGAUGGAAAGACUGGUGCAGAAGGCUACUUGUCACCAGAUUACUGGACUGAGAGCAAUCGAUGGGCGAGCCACAGUGACAUGACCAAGCAGUAUGCCACCUGCAUAGGGCAUCAUCUAGAGGAGAUGGUUCUAUCUGAACCUCAGCUUUACAUGGAUGUCUGGAAGUCUAUGAAUGGUCGUUUCCAGCAACGAAUGUUUAACCCAACAGUGGAUCUCAUAAGGGCAGAGUGGUCCCCCUUUAGUGCCACGCCCUGGUUGAUGCCCCUCUUGACGGAGCUCUCUGAUUGGAGGACUAAACUCAAUGAGAUUGAAGACCAGCUUGAUGACGAACUGGAUAUCACCUUUGUGGCUGAUUUUCCUGGAAUGUACCUUGAGAACUACAUCAGUAUUGAUCUUGGGAACACAACCAUCCAGGUUCUGAGUGGUAAAAUCAUGGUGGAGUUGAUUGAAAGAAAACGAAACAUCACUCUUGAAAUUGGAGACAGGAUACAGUUGCCAGCAGGGGCCUUUCACAACGUGCACACAGUGUCUGACACACCGUCUUGCUACAUGUACGUGUUUGUCAAUACCACUGAGCAAGCUAUCAUACAGGAAGCCACAGAGUUCCUCAACGCUCAUCAAGCGGAUGCCAAAGAAGGUGAUACAGCCGAACCCACAAGCAUCGAUCCUAAGAUUUUUGAAGGAUUGAAUAUGUCACAUGCAGUCAAAGUACGUAUCUUGGAGGGACUCAGCACCAAGUUUGAGAGGAAUGAGCAAUCAAGUAGAAGCAUCGCUGAAAAGGCUCAAAUAUUUUGGGAAAAGAAGAAACUAGUAUUUCACAGAACGAUCGUAAAGACCGCCCAAGCUUUGAAUCAUAUCUUCCUUGGAGGAGAGUCUGUUGUUCUACCGGUUCGUAAUGAUGAUCAAGACACCACAGCAGACAAUGCACCCACUCAUCAAGAUCAUGGGGAACUUUGACAACUGAAAUCAAAGACCAGGGGGGUGUUUCACAAAGACUAAGAUCUGCUUUAAGUUGGACUUAAAUAUGGCAGGCCGU